UUUGCACUCAGUUCCUUACAGCAGCACUAUCUCUCAUUCAUCCUUAUUCUUAUUUUCAUUCUAAGUUUCAACCUUCCGAAAUGGAUCCUAAUAAUUCUAUGAUUCAGCAUGAAGAUGAAGAUAUACCUUAUUAUUAUGACCCUCAAGAUGCUAACGCGUUCCGCUUGAUAGUAUUGGAAGAGAAAUGGGAAGAAGUUAUAAAAAAAUACGAAGAACAUGUAUUUUUUCACAAGAUAAGAAUAAAGGGAAGAGGAACAGCAUUACAUGUAGCAGUGAGUAAUGGCAACGAAGACAUUGUAAAACGUCUUGUAGAUGUAAUAGUAAAGAAGCAUAAUGAUCAAAGUGGUUUGGAAAUAAAGACUGAAAAAGGUGAUACUCCUCUUCACCUUGCAGCAUAUAGAGGAUUCACAAGUAUGUGUGAAUGUAUCAUUGGAAAAAAUGGUGAAAGGAAGCAUUUGAUUAGAGACCAAAAUGAAAAGGGAGAAACACCACUCUUUUGUACUGUGCUUGCAGGCAUAAAUAAAAAGACCUUUCUUUACCUACAUCAUUUUUUCCCAUCUGAUACCAGUAUUGCUAUCAAUAACGUUGGUGCUACCAUUCUUCACGUUGCCAUUCGGAGAGAAACGUUUGAUAUGGCAAAUAUUAUAAUGUAUUUGUAUCCGAAUUUUCACUCUAUGGAGGACAAAGAUGGAGUCUCUCCUCUUGAAGAUCUUGCUACUAGGACAUCAGCUUUCAAGAGUGGAAUUAGACUAAUAUGGUGGAAGGAAUUUUUAUACCGCCACUAUGUUGAUGUCAAAGUGUGUGAUGCAAAAACUAUACUUGAAUUGCAUGAGAAGGAUGGAGGUGUUGAAAACAAAGAGAAACAUUAUCAAAGUGAAAUUUCAAUACCAUUAUACAAUGUUGAUGAAUUAGAAAAGGCAAGUAAAGUACGACAUAUCCCGUUUUCAUCAAAAAUAAAAGGAGGGACUACCCUAGGCUUAAUUAAUUUUGCAUGCUUAACGGCAAUAAAGAAGGUUAAGGAGAAGCAUAUAUAUGGUGGUAAGCUUUUGGAAGCAUUUAUGAAACAUCCUUACAUUGAGGUUGUUCCCUUUGAUGACGGAGAACAUGAUGAAGAAAUGAAAGAGAAAGCUCGGUGCAAACGAGAAGGAAAGGAUUUACAAGAGAGAGAAGGAAAUCAAAAAAUUGAAGAUUCAGCAAAAAAUGUUGAAAAAGAUACAACAUUUUUGGCGGUAGCAAAAAGUGGCGUAGUUGAAAUUAUGGAAGAGCUUAAUUCAAAAGUAAAGGCAUCUGAUAAGAAAGGCUUAUUACUUGUAGCAAUGAAGGAAUUAGAAGCAAAGAAAAGUGACACAAAUGAUACAGCAUAUUUGCGUGCAGCAAAACAUGGCAUAACCGAAAUCAUGAUUGCACUUGAAUCUAAACUAAAAAGUGUCAUCCAUGAAACUAACUCUAACAAUGAAAAUGCAUUACUUAUAGCAGUGAAAUAUAGACAACCGCGAGUUGUUGAGGGGUUGAGGAAUAGGCUUUCUAUGGAAACCUUUCAGAGCUUAAUUCUAGAAAUGGAUAACAAUGAAAACACCAUUUUACACUUGGCUGCAUAUCCAUGCAUCGACAAUGAAGACACUGCUUGGAAGAUCUCUGGUAAGGGCAUAGAAAUGAUGUGGAACGUUAAGUGGUAUGAGUACAUUGAUGGACUAGUACCAGACGAUUUCCAUUAUAUAAGAAACAAAGAAGGAAAAACCCCAGGUGAAAUCUUUAAGGAGGAAAACAAACAACUUCUACAAAGCAGCAUUGAGUGGUUGAAAAACACAACAGAGUCAAGCUCAAUUGUGGCAGCACUCGUCGCAGGCGUCUCCUUUGCUACAUCAUGCACUGUCCCUGGAGGCAAUGACCAAUCAGGGAAACCAAAUUUAAAAGGACAACCUGCAUUUGAUUUAUUCUCUACAUGUUCAUUAACUGGACUUUACUUCUCUGUCACUUCACUCAUGGUAUUCCUUUCUAUACUCACUUGUAGAAAACAAGCAAAAGACUUUGGUAAUAUCUUGCCAUUUAAGUUUUUUAUGGUCUUAAAUUUUCUCUUCAUAGCCAUUUUUGCCAUGUUAUUUUCUUUCUUUGCUGGACAAUACCUUUUGCUCACAGACAAAUAUGACAAGAGUAGUAGCUUGUUAUAUUUCUCUCUUGCCGGUUCCCUCCCUGUCAUGUACUAUGCAUUUCUGCAGUUUCCGUUAUAUAUUGAUCUUGCCGUAGUUAUUUCGCGUAAGGUGCCACUGAAUCCACCAAUGCAUUAAGGGUGUUUAGUUGUAUUGCUGUGUGGAUUGAAACUUAUGAGUUUGGUUUGUACUUGAAUAAUGUGUCUUGUGUGUUUAUUAUGUUUGGAGUACUGGCCGUGUGGUGUGAAUGUAGUGUGAUUUGACUCUAUUUGUAUCAUUAUAAGGUGUGAUAAGGAUUAUAUAUGAAUUUUCUAUUGGUUCA